AUGGCCAAGUUGCAUGAAGAGCAAGAGAUGGUCGUGGAUCAUUUCGAAAUGCAGCAGUCCAAACCAGACCCUCGGUCGGAAGAGGUCAUCUUUUCACAGGAUGAGGUCGGGGACUGCUUCGUCUGCGUCGGCAGCACCGCCGUGCGCCAGCUCCGCGCCAAGCACAGCUUCGGGGAGCUGGCGAUGCUGUACAGCGUGCCAAGAACAGCCACAGUCACCUCCAAAGAGAAAGGCGUACUGUGGAAGAUGGACGCUGACCAAUUCAGAGUUUGCAUGCAACACUUGAGCUCCAAGAGCAUGAAGAAAGCGAGCCGUGGCUGGCUAUUGAGGGCUUAUGGGCUUGGCAUUUGGAGCCUCCACUCUGCACCAUUUGCGUGGAAUGUGACGUUCUUGAUGUACUACCGCAAGCAGUUAAGGGAUGUUGUGGGUUUCACUCGAGAAGUUCCGGGGACGAACUUGUGGGACACUUGCGUCUACGGAUUCUGGAUGCGUGCACACCCAAGGCUGGAGUUCUUCGAGGCAGAUUCAAACUAUCGACAUAUGUCGAAGGAGGAGAAGAGCGUCCUCGCCACUGCCUGCUCGGUGCAGAACUUCGCUGCCGGAGAUGUAAUCCUGCGCGAGGGCGAGGUCGGCGAGUGGAUGUUUAUUGUUAUUGAGGGCACCGUGAAGAUCGUGGACCAGUUCGGGAAUUCCGAAAUCCGGAAGCCCGGUACAUUGCUGGGCAGCUCCGGUGUGAUGUACUCUAGUUUGCACUGCAGUGGCGCCACUGCGGUCGACAAAGUGACUUGCCUGGCCUUGGGCAGAAAGUCGCUGGAGAGCUUACUCGGUCCAGGAGGCAGCGUCCUUCGCAGAAGUGCGAUCAAGUCGCUGCUGAUGGACAACGUGGAGCAUGUGGACUACUUCAAGGAGCUUGCUGAAGCCGAGCUGCACAAGGUGGUGGACAAGUUCGAGGAGACCUCCUUCCCACCCCUUGGAACGAUUGUGUCGGCUGGUGCGCCUGCUCAGCUGAUCGUCGUCGUAGCCGGCCAGGUGGCCAUACUUGGCCCUGAUGCCGAGGAGGUGCAAGAUGCAGCCAUCUUGGAGAAGCAGGCCAUUAAAGUCGUGCUGCCGGGGCAGUUGCAUGGGGCGCAGUCACUGCUCAACAAUACCCCGAUGGAGUACAAGCUUGUAGCUUUGCAGAACACCCAGCUGCACCGCGUGACGCACAACAUGGUCUCCCAAAUCCUGGGUGGUGACCUUGGCGAAGUCGUCCGGUUCAACGAGAUCAAACGAGUUCUCGGUGACAUUUUCCUGUUCAAGAACUUGCAGAAUGAUCAGAUGGAGCGCGUCGUGCGCAGUUUCGAGAAGUGCGAGUAUUCCAGUGGCCAAGUCGUGGUCGAGCAGGGGGAGGAGGCUAACCACUUCUACCUGAUCCAGAGCGGUACCAUCGCCAUCUUCAGGAAUGGGGAGCGACUGCGCAGUCUGCUGAAGUGGGACUACUUUGGAGAGAGAGGCCUACUCCUUCAGGAGAACCGCUCCGCAACCUGCCAGGCAGAGGAGCCCUCGGUACUCCUGCGGCUGGAAAAAGCCGUUUUUGCGGCUCCUUGGACUAUGGAGAUGUCCGAUUUAUACGUCAAGGCUGUUGUCGGAAGAGGCUCCUUUGGGCUGGUCAAGCUGGUCUACCACAAGCGAGACAGGCAGAAGUACUACGCCCUCAAGUGCAUCGGCAAAAAGCAGGUGGUGCAGCAGAAGCAAGAGAAGUCAAUGCUCCUCGAGCGAGAGAUCAACGCUCAGUGCUAUCACCCUUGCAUUAUGCACUUCAUCACCACCUUUCAGGAUGCCAAGAACGUGUACUUCUUAACGGAGUUUUUGGGGGGCGGAGACCUCUUUACCGCCAUUCGCGAGAUUGGGAACCUCAGCAAACGGCAAUCUCAGUUCUUCGGAGGCUGCAUUACGCUGGCAUUGGAGUACCUUCAUGGCCGCUCCAUUAUGUACCGCGACCUGAAGCCAGAGAACGUGGUCCUUGAUUUCAGAGGGAACGCCAAGCUGGUGGACUUCGGAUGCUGCAAGAAAUGCCUCCAGUCCAGCACCCUGGUGGGCACCCCCGAGUAUUUCGCCCCGGAGAGCAUCAUUGGCAAAGGCUACACCUGUGCUGUGGACUGGUGGGCCUUGGGGGUCAUGAUGCACGAGUUCAUCGUGGGCCCCCUUCCCUUUGGUCGAGACACUGAUGACCAACUCCAGCUUUUAAAGGAGAUUAUGGAGGCGCCGCUGGCGUUCCCCAGCUACAUCACUGACAAGACCGCCAUCAGCUUGAUCACCCAGCUCUUGGAGAGGACCCCCGAGCUUCGACUAGGAGCAGGAUCACGCGGCGCGAAGGACCUGCAAGAUCAUCCGUAUUUUUCAGGAUUUAGCUGGAAUGCGCUGGCGGGACAGUCUAUGCAAGCUCCCUGGUUGCCGGACAGACGGAAGAUACAGGAGUCUUGGGAGAUUCCUCCUGAUGCCGGCCAGCCAGUGUGCCCGGAGGUGGCCAACGAGGGCUCACACUCCCUGGAUCCGGCUAUGGACGCUGGGCAGGAGACUGCUGGGGGGUGGGGGGGCCCUAAACCCUAUAAACCCUAUAAACCCUAUAAACCCUCUAAACCCUCUAAACCCUCUAAACCCUCUAAACCCUCUAAACCCUCUAAACCCUUUAAACCCUACACCCUAGAGGGCCCCUUGGGCAAGCCUCUGUGCACGGGAGGGCCGGGGAGUGAUCCUUCAUGCUCAAGCAGCAUGUUGCACUUGACCUGGGCCUCCGCAGAAGGUCAGAUUUCUAGGUCGAGCCUUGGGGACGACAUGAACCCUAAAAGGGUUUAUGGUUCGGGAUUCUAG